ACGAGGUUUAAUCGAAGUACGAAACUGCAUGACAAGCAAAAAAUAUCAGGAGGUUAGUUUUGCCUUUAAUAGCUGAAAUUAAAUAUUACAACUUGUUUAGAGUGAUAUAAUAGUAUCAGCAACAGUUUCAGCGAAAUUAUUUUACUUUGACUUCAUCUUUCACAGCAUUACUGAUCAUGUUGUUAUGUUUUAACUCUUACGUAGUUUACCGAUCGCUUUUAAACAUUUGACAUUUUUUCUGCUGGGAAUAUCAAAACGUCGUUAAAAGUGUUUGCGUUUGUUGAUGACUGUAGCGAGAAAUAGAUAGUGGCAAGCUAGUUUGGCGCAUAAAUAUACUCGUUUAUCAGAUUAUAGAACUUUUUGACCGCUAGUAAAACUCCCAAAGAACGUUGUUCUUCUUUUUGCCAGGUAAGCUUAUGUUUUAGAUGCCUAAUGAAAUCAAUACAGCAUUCUAGCUCAUUCUGAAACAGUUUAUUUAUAUUCUUGACGCGGCAUGCUCAAAACAUUCAUGAUUCAUACAAUUUGAUACUAAAUUUAACUUCCUUAAAAAACAAAGAGGGGUUAACCGGGAAAUUCCCUCAAGUUUAUGAAAUAAUAUGCAAAAACGUACGACAAUCACUGUUAUAUGUCAUUUCAUCUCAUAUUUUUCAUUUGUGUCAUUUUUAACAACAUACCAGAUAAUUGUUCAGGUAUCGGUCCGUUUUAUUUUAUUAUUAUUAUUUUGUUGUUGUUGUUGUUGAAAUAUUUGGAAAGCGAGGUAAAACAAAUGUAAGACUAAAUUGGUCGAAGCUUUCAUUAGUUAUCGCGUCAAUAUCUGUUUCACUUUCGUUUUGGAUGCCAAAAAUAUACCUUCCCUCAUCAGACCCGCAAGCGCGGUGAGCGAAUCUAAAAGAAAAAUAAGAGACUGCUCGCAGUCUAGAUGCUGAAAAGGGCCGUUUAACAAUUGAACGUUCACGUAUAUCGGGAAAAAAAAAAUUCACCAUCAAACUAUCAUGCCGGGGCCAGAAGCAUUAUAUGCUCGGCUUCUGAUGCCGCUAAAAGAUGAUUUUUUUCAGGUGCAAUCAGUAGCCAUAGUGUGUAAUCGAAAGACCAAGUUGGUGGCUGGAUCCAUUGUACAAUCCGUUUCAAUCUUCUUCAAGAUCCCUCAAGUUUGUCCAUCCUCGCCUCCUUUUGUAUUUGCUGAAUUAUUUUUACCGUCUUUUAUGUAUUGAGCAUUUUUUCUCAUGUUUGCGUUGGUGGCUGUUUUCACUGUUUGAAUCUUGUUAAAUUUCGUGACGCAGCUCCUUUAACAACAACAAAUUCCUUGACUUGUUCUUCUUACUAAACGGAAACAUUUCCGCUAGCCUGCGAAAACAUCCGUUUCGGCGAAGAGCUAGGAGAAACGGUUUUGGCAGCCUGCUACAUUUCCGCGGGAAAUUCCCUUCAUGCAAUUUCAUCAAGAGCCAUUAUGGCUCUUAAUUUUAUAUAUGCAAACAGCACAGAGUGAAAGGUACUUUCCCUUGGGUUUUUUCCCUGCUUUUUUUUUGUUUGGUUGUAACUGCGACAACACCUUUGCUUAAAAACAUUUUCAAAAUUUUUGUGGAAAGUUUAAAACACUAGCCUGAAAUUCAUCCGAUUGCUUCGAGUCGUUUUCUCCUCUCAACAAUGUCUGAAUCAACCGGCCGUUAAUGCCGUCCAGUGACGUCACUAACUACCCGAAAACCGGUUUUGAUUGAUUGGUACUGAUUUUGAUUGGUUGAUUGUCUAAACCUUCGCAUAAUUAUGUAUAAUUAUGAAAAACUGAGGGAGUAAUAACGACUCGAAGUAAUCGGAUGAAAUUCAGGCUAUUAAAACACGCUAACGUUUCGACCUUCCCGGGCAGUCAAGAGGCCCUGCCGAGGUGGGGGCGGGCCAAUGUCGCCCGUCUGAAUUUUAAAACGUCUCGUGUCGGUGUUUAUAAAUGCUUGUCGCUUAUUGUCGGUGUCAGUGUCAGUGUCAGUGUCGCCAUUUGGCCGAGGGAGGUUGCCUCUUGUCGCGAUUUCAUUUUACGCGCUGUCGCUACUUUUUGGGCCAUGUCGCUUGUCAGAAUUUACCCUGGCAGGGCCUCAGUCAGACGCGUUUUGCUUUUGACUUGAUAAUGACGUCUGAGAACUUCGAAACGUCAUGUUUUUCACUUUUUUUAGAAAAAUUAUUGAAAUGUUUUUAAGCAAAGUUUUAGAAAAACUUUUAGGCCAACAAGUUUAAAAAACCACAAGUGAAAUUCUUUUCAAUCUUUCUUUUUUUAACUCAAUUUGGUGGCGGUAUCUCGUGACACAACUCAUAUCUUUAACUUUUUGUUACCAUUGGAUGGUUCUCUUUAUUUUAUAUCAACAGCAAAUGGAAGUCAAGGACUUAUCUAUACAAACAAACGAGGAACUUUCCCACGCCUUGGAGAAACGUACCUUGAACUGGGAGGAACUUAUGAGAAGUGACACAUUUGCUUCAAUUUAUUCAGAAAAUAAUAUUAACAACAUACGAAUGACUGGUUUCCGCCCAGCAAUGGCUUUAAUUGAAGACAUCGUAUCCAGAGAAAUUCCACUAAAAGUCUUGCUAAGAGGUCUAUUAGAAAUUGGUAACAGAAAGGCAAUUUCAAUAAUCGAAAAAGGUACGUUACUCGUAUGGCCUACAUUGAAACAAUAUGGGAAUGAUCGUUUUAGGAUAUUGAUAGCAUCAGUUAAUUUAAUUUAAAAGGUAUCGGUUUUUUUUUUUCGAAAUAAAGAAUAGGGAGCCAGCGUUUUGACAGAAUUACACUUAAUAGUCAAGACAAAUAAUGUAAAGCUAAAACUAGUCAUAGUUGUCACUAAAUCUGCCCCCGACCUUUUGACUCCAUGUGGUUGUCCAUGUAUUUGUCAUGAACCUUUGAAAUGCAGAUUUCGUAUUAGAGUUUCUGAGUGAAAUUCUCAAUUAUUACACUUUGUUUCCUGGGUUAAUGAAAAUACUCAUACAUGUCAUGCUUAGGAUGAACAAUUGUUUUUUAUACGCCUGUUAAACAACAAAACCAUCUUUAAUUAUAUAUUUGUAACUAACAAUAUAAAUGUCCUAUCACUAAUGUGUCGAACGACUGCUUUGGCUUCGAGUGUGACAUUCUUGAACGCACCUGAUAUAAAUAAUUUCGCACUGUUUCAAGUUUCUCACCUUUGAGAUAUUUCCCAGUUCACUUUUUGUGAUCCUUGUAUCAAAUAAAAUAAUCGGGAUUUCGCAAUAUAAAACUAACCCUACAAACACAUGGACCACUGUUUAUUAAAUCCUGAAUACCUGAUUAUAGAACAAAACCCGGUUAUUUCACGUUAGCACCGUUAUUGUUUUUGACUGGGUUUUGAAAAAUUUGAGCUAUUCCUGACGUGGUUUGAAUCGAGUCUGUCGAUCCACGUUGCUGAUUUGUUUCAGACAAAUCAAGUUCAAGUUCUGUCGAUCCACGUUGCGGAUUUGUGUCUGACAAAUCAAGUUCUUUAAUACCAAACAAUUCCAGUACUGCUGAAUAGCUUUUUCAUUUAAAAGAAAUCGGAAAAUUGAUGUGCUACAAGAUGUACUCACCUUAUAGCUUGGAAUGAAAUCCUGACACAAUUCGGCGAAUGCGACUCGUCGCCAAACCCAGACGCACAUGCUGAAAAUUAACCGGGACCACAGUGCGCGCCUAGUUUCAUCAAAUCGAGGAAUUUUCGCAUACUAACAGUACGACGAUACGAUACUUUAGCAUUACGCGGGGGACAUUAGGGCGCCUCCUCGGGUUCCGGCCUCUGGGCCGGAACCCUGCGGGGGCAAUAAACUGGUGUGAGGCCGCGUUGAUUUGUGGAUAUUUUUAGGGCAACCACUUACUUGGGUCAGGUUUCACUACCAGCUGCACGCGAAUAGCGCAGGCGAAUACCCAGGCACCUAGAGAAACAUGGGAAGCUUUCAGGUUAAUGCAAAGUACCAUGGGAAGGGUCAAGGUGGCUUACAUGCCUUGUUUAGCGCCGAACAAAGCAGUGCAAAGAAAAGAGUGGCCAAAUAUUUAUUUAAGAAGAAUUAUACAGUUCGAGAACAGUGGUGGCCACUGCUUUCUUGCUACUGGCAGAGCUGGCAGACAAGGUUUCACGCGCAGCAAGUUGAGUGACUUCGAAGAGCAAUUUCUAUUCUUUCUAUCUUUUUCUUUCCUGGAAAUGCGACAGUGCGUUAUAUUUUUUAAAAAACACUACAAUCUAAAGCGUAGAAUCGGUGGCUGUAACACUUCUGAUACCUCAAACCAACUAAUAGUUCUGCGCAAGUCCAGUUGCACCUGCAGGCUAGGCCAGGUUAUUCCCGCCAGAUAUUACAGAAGCCUCAACCAAUAUUUGUUGAACAUAUGAGGCCCAUUCACUGAUAUUGUACACUGUGAUUCGAUUUACAUUUCUAGACAUGAUGAGUAAAGGAUUUUACGUGGAAGACUCUGGUGGACGGCCUCCUCCACCGUACAUCUGCCGCCAACCAGAAGAGGUAUUGUAUUUCUCCACUAGUCUAGCCACUUGGGCCUUACAGUUAACAACAGCAUCAAAUAAUUGUUACUGUGUUUAUGAAUAAGUUGUAAUAUGAAUAAACAGUUACUAUACCACAGAUAUUAUGGAUAACUAACAUUUUGAAAACUCAUUAAUUGCUUCGCGUGUUAGUUAGUUUGUUAACUAGGUCCCAGAGUGUUUCUUAAAACAACGCGGUAAUUAUAUUGUAUGCGCAAAGAUGAUAAGUCAUAGUAAGUGAUAGUGAUAAGACUGAUAAGUCAUAGUAGUAAGAAAUAGUUUGCAGCAGGGGCGUAGCUACCGGUACUUACGCAUGUGCUUACCUGAAAACGUCGAGGGUAAAAAAAUGAAAAUAAUAUAAAAAUCGAUAAUAAUAAAAAGCAUCUAAAUGAAAAACAAUGUAUUAUUGCUUGUUUCUUUAAAAUAUACUUUUUUUACACACCCGAAUGUCGCUUUUCAGCUAAGGGAAGUGCUUUAUAAAAUGAUGUAUUUAGAGAAAAGGCAGGACAAUGGCAAUUACAAUGGAGCUAAAAAUCAGGAACGCUUAGUUUUCACCUUGACUUGGGAAUUGGGUUUUUAAGGGAGCGGAAGGCAGGGAUUUGAAAAAUUUCGCGUACCUCUGGAAAAUCCUAGCUAAGCCCCUCUUUAGUGUUGCCUUUUUAACACUCAGUGGAAAAUUAUAAAUGUCAUUUCAAAGUGAAGUAUGGUUACUUAAGUUACUUAACGCUGAAGGGCCUAAGAAGGCUGGCGAUGCGGGUCAAAUGUUUCGGCUUGUUCCCGUUUCAGAGAACAAGCCGAAGCAUUUGACUUUUGUCUGCCAAUAUUACAUCAUUGGAGAAUAGGAAGGUAGAGUUUAGCUAUCAUCAUACUUAGCGAUAGACUAUAUUUUAGGCGUGAUUAAAUAUAUAGAAGUAGUUAGUUACAUAGUUUGGUGUUUGUAAAAAUAUGCGCACACCUUUUGCAACUAAAAAGUUAACUGAUUCACAAGGUUAUGAUGCCGGGACGACAAGAGUAGUUUGAGGGCGUCUUUGAGAGAUCAAAUGAAUGAAUUAUUCGAUUAAAAGAAAAACGCAGUGAAACUGUGACCAUGUUAGAAUUGUAAAUUUGCUCAUGUUGGUUUCUUUUUAAGGCAAUCAAUUCUGACUAGUCUUACAUGGUACACAACUUGAGAACAUAUUUGAAUCUGAUAUAUAAACGGGAUAAUUCGUGUAUUAAUAACGUAAGGGACUAUAGCAACUUCAUUUUCUGUAAUUAUUUGGACAAGAGGAGCUUUUUUAAACAAGGUUAUGAUGUUGUUAUUAGUUUAUUCAUGUAGUUAUUUAGUAACGAUUUUUGUGACAAUUGAAUAUUAGUGCUGUAUAGUAAUUUCUUUGUUAACAGGAGAUUGACUUUCUUCUUUUUUUUCGUUUUAGAAGCACGAUAUGACUUCAUCAUCCUACGCACCUUUGAUACAGCUUGGGGAACAAUCCGAAACAUUAGCUUAUCCUGUACAAGAAUCAGGAACCAACAACGACUCGCGACCCUGUGUUCCGAGACGUCCAGGAUACAUGGAAAUAGUCUUAAGUUUUUUUCCCUGUCUUUCUUUGCCUUUCGUUCCUUGAAGGGCUGCUCAAAAGAAUGUAACAUUUAGGCGACUUAUAGUAUGAUUUCUGAGAGAAUGUUUCAUCGUUUCAAUAUCCCUUUAAGGCCAUUUUUUUUUUAAUUUUAGAAUAGAAAUAAAUGCAGGUUGCAGUGAUUUUAUGAAAUCACGACAACAUUUUGAAAUAAGUUCUAAAUUGGAUGUACCUUGAUAGGGACCUUUUAUGCUCUCAAUAGUAAACAUGGUUAAUAUAAAUUAAUUCAGUGUCUGGUAAAAUGGUAAAGGUCGAUAAAUAUGGUUAACAAGAUUAUAAAAGAGCUAGCUGUUCUCACUUGUUAUACUUUUUAACAAAGCAAAGGAUGUAUAGGAGCAUGCAAAGCGACAAAUAAAAAUAAAAAGUAGUAAAAAUAGAGCAGAAACUACGAUUACCAUAAGAAUAGUUGUUUAUAGUGAAAUACAGUUAAGUUAAGGAUGAUGUUUUCUAAUUUUUUUUCUAUCCCUAAAUAAGCUUUCUUUUAUCAUUACAAAUUGUACGUGUAAUAACGUAAACAUGAUUGAAAGGUGACUUCUUAAAGUUUUAUCGUUGUUUGUAGACAGCAAAAAAUUGUGCCAAGUGCCAUUAGUGUCAAGUUGACUUGGCGAGUUAAUUCGACCACUCGCCUUUCUCUUAGUAAAAAAAGAGUAAUUUAGAAAUAAUAGUUUAUAGUGGAAUAGUUUAGCCUUUCGUGUCACCUAAGGACAAUUUAUUCUGAUUUGUUUUAAUCUCUAAGUAAGAUUUCUUUAAUCUUUACACUGAACUUUUCAUGUAAUAACUUAAAUAUGAUUAAAAACUGAUAUUU